AUGAAGACCGAAUGGGAGACGUCCGGCGCGAACUCCUCCAACCUUACGGACGACAGUAAUGACAUUGCACAGUCGGUUGAAAGCGAGCCGAACGAUGACGACGAGGCGUCAGAGGAGCAGGGUGACCCUAUCGAAGAGUACAACAUACCUCCCCCAGAGAUACAUGAAGAAGAUUAUAGCACUGGGCCCGAAGAUGUUCAAGCCGCAAGGAAAAGCGCACGUUCACAGAGGAUGCCCUCUUCCGUUCGUCCAUCAGAGACGACCAUUGCUCAGGAAACGAGGCGUUCUACCCAGGUGAAAAAGAAAAGCCAGAUAUUCUCACAAGAUGCCGAAGAGGAGGAGGAGCUGGAGGAGGAGGAGGUGGAGGAGGAUGAAGAGAAGCCAAUUACGACGAUUAGCAGUAAUAGAGGACGUCUGUCCUCCGGUGCAAAUCAUACGGCCCGCCUGGAGGAAGAUCCAAAUGCGGAAUUCAUGGACACCUUGCACGAAAGUAGAAACAGCGUGACGCUUCGUGGAAGUUAUCUGAUGCCGACAGAUGAAGCGUCAGUCCGAAAUUCGAUCAGGAAGUCUUCCAAAUCCGUAAACGGUCCAUUAAGGGAAUCUACUCGUUCGCAUUCACCUUCCAUCAACGGUUCGACUAGGGAUUCCACCAGGUUGCAUGCGGACUCCAUCAACAGCUCAAGGAGGGAAUCUGCUAGUUUACAUGCGGACUCGAUCAACGGUUCGAGGAGGAAACCCUCUAGUUUGCAUCCAGCAUCCGUCAACGGUUCGACGAGGGAUUCCACCAGGUUGCAUGCGGACUCGGUCAAUAGCUCAAAGAGGGAGUCUACUAGUUUGCAUACAGCCUCGGUAAACAGUUCGAUCAGGAAGCCUACGAGUUUGCAUGCAGACUCCGCCAACGAUUCGGUUAGGAAGCCUACCAGUUUACAUUCAGUCACUGCCAACGGAUCAGUCAGGAAGUCUACUAGUUCGCAUCCAGCCUCUGUCAACGGAUUGAGCAGGAAGCCUGCCAGUUUGAAUACAGCGUCCGUCAAAGGUUCGAUGAGGGAAUCUGCCAGUUUUCAGGAAGUCGCCCCCAAUGGUUCAAUGAGGGAAUACACUGAUUUACAUGCGAGUUCUGCCAACAUUUCGACGAGGGAGUCUACUGGUCUGCGUGUAGCUCCGGUUAAUAGUUCAUUCUUGGAGCCCACAGCUUCUAUUAACGAAUCGUUCAGAGAGCCGACUAGUUUUCACGCAGCGUCAACAAGUGGUUCGAUCAGGCAACCGACCAGUUUGUUUGCACCAUCUGUCAGCGGUUCUAUCAGGGAGUCGAUCAGUUUGCAUGGGGCCUCGAUCAACGGCUCGAUCAGAGAACCGACCAGUUUGCAUGCACCAUCUGUCAAUGGCUCGAUCAGGGAGCCGACCAGUUUGCAUGAGGCCUCGAUCAGAGAGCCGACUAGUCUGCAUUGGGCCUCGACCAACGGUUCGAUCAGAGAUCCGACCAGUUUGUAUGCACCAUCUGUCAAUGGCUCGAUCAGGGAGCCGACCAGUUUGCAUGAGGCCUCGAUCAGAGAGCCGACCAGUCUGCAUUGGGCCUCGAUCAACGGCUCGAUCAGAGAUCCGACCAGUUUGUAUGCACCAUCUGUUAGUGGGUCGAUCAGGGUGCCGACCAGUCUGCAUGAGGCCUCCGUCAAUGGUUCAGUUAGGGAGCCGACUAGUUUGUAUGCACCAUCGGUCAACGGUUCAGUUGGGGAGCCUACCAGUCUGCGUGGGACCUCGGUCAACGGUUCGAUCAGAGAGCCGACCAGUCUGUAUGCGGGGUCAAUUGGCGAUCCAGACAGGCAGCCAACCAGUUUGUAUGAGGCCUCGGUCAACGGCUCGAUCCGAGAGCCGACCAGUUUGUAUGCGGGAUCAGUUGGCGAUCUGGACAGGGAACCAAGGAGUUUGUAUGCACCCUCGGUUAACGGGUCUAUCAGGGAGCCGACCAGUUUGUAUGGAGCGCCGGCCAACAGUUCAAUCAGGUGGACAAUCCACCCUCAUACGACGUCAAUCAACAGCCAGGCUAGAGAGUCCGCCAGCUGGUAUGCAGAACCAGGCAGUGGCUCGAUCAGGAGGUCUACUAAUUCUAUACUUUCAGUACCACGCGCAGACUCUGUGGCUGCUGACGAUGAAGAUGCCCCUCCCCUUAUUCCAGACACAAGUUUGCGCGAGACUCUAUCCGUAAUCCGAGAGAGCAUCCGCAGCAUGAAUGACAUGAGAGCCUCAUUAAUGAGCCAUUCAGUGGCAUCAGCAGCUCAAUCGUUGUACACACCUCCAAGGCCACGAUCAAUGCGUCAGAAGAGUAGUGCAUCCACACUAAGAGACAUCGAGGAAAUACGAAAGAGUGUACGCUCUCUGGCGAGUCGGCGGCAAACAGCCAACGAACCGGCUUCUACUCAAUCUCGAGUCCUUCAGGUGGUCGAUGCAAAGACGGGCACUAGUUUCUUGGCCGAAAAGACGGGUAAUAUUAUUACUCCCCUGGUGCCUCCGCGUAGAUGCAAGAAGAAGAAGACGAAGCCAUGCAGCUGCUGUUCUGAUCGUUGCUGCGAGUCCUGUUGUUCCUGCGUGAGCGACAGUGUGGGUGAUGGGUGUGGGGGCUGCUGUUGCUCAUGCAAGCCUGUCCUACCCAAGAUCUCUGAGGCAGCCAGCAAGCAGUUGGUGCGGGUUAUGGACAUGAUGGAUCGAUAUAGUCGAGUAGAUUCCAAGGUCUUCAGAGUGCUUCGGCAGGUGAGACGGAUUCGCCAGCAGAAGGAGUACUGUCGAAAGUUGGCAGAGGAGGAGGCGAAACGGCAACUCCAGUGGCAGCAGUGCAUUGAAUCGCAGGUGCUGGCAGCAAUGGAGCUUUGCGACGUCAAUUUGGAUCAGAACUGUUCCGCACAACCGGGCCCCGAGGCAGUACUGCCCCCGCCAUUGCCACAGACGUCCUCCUGCUUCGGUGGACCCCAGGCCACACCAGGCUCCUUCCUACCGGCCCCCCUUUCUGUCCCAAUGCCCCCGGUCCCCCAGUGGUGUUGUCCUGUCCCUCCGUUUCCUCAGCCACCCUACCGGUGA